AUGCUGACUACAAAUAGAAUCCCUAUCGUAUUCGAACAACGACGCACAUCUCCUAUCACAUUAUGGCGGGGCUUUAGCUCCUCCACUGCACCGCUCCCGCUGCACGGCGUUAGGGUCAUAGACCUUACCAGGAUCCUAGCAGGACCGUAUGGGGGGAUGAUGCUAGCAGAUUAUGGCGCAGAGGUGAUCAAAGUGGAGAAGCCUGGUGUUGGGGACGAUGCUCGAGCCUGGGGUCCACCAUUCACCCACAAGGGUCGUGAAUCUGCCUACUUUAUAGCUCCUAAUAGGAACAAGCAUAGCAUUGGAGUAAACUUGAAGACUCCUGAGGGUCAGCAGAUUAUUAAGGAUCUUGUUAAAGUCAGCGACAUCGUCAUAGAAAAUUACGUGCCGGGUACGUUGGCUAAGUAUGGGCUCGAUUAUGAAUCUUUGCGUAAGUUCAACCCAGCCCUGGUAUACGGUAGUCUUACUGGCUAUGGUGACACAGGACCGGACAAGGAUAGACCAGGGUAUGCUUUGAUGGUGGAGGGCCGUUGUGGUAUGAUGGCAUGCACGGGCAUAGGAGAUCAACCUGUUAAGAUCGGCGUUGCUUGGACUGAUAUCCUUGCUGGUCUACACCUUCACGGUGGGGUAUUGGCGGCCCUGUACAACGCCAAGGUGACUGGUCAGGGCCGGCAUGUGAAAUGCAGUCUGUUGGAGUCGCAAGUCUCUGCUAUGGCUAAUGUAGCCAGUGGUUACCUUAUAGGUGGUGUAGAGUGCGCACGUAUGGGGACGCAGCACCCGAAUAUCGUCCCGUAUGGAGCUUUCCCCACCGCUGAUGGUCACAUAGUUGCUGGGGCAUUGAACGAUGCUCAGUGGAAGAGUUUUUGUAACGUCUUGGGCAGACCUGAUUUAGAGGAGGAUGAGAAGUUCAAGACCAACGAAGCACGCUGUAACCACAGAGAUGAGCUCAAUGGUAUCUUAAAUGAGAUACUUAAAACGAAGAGGACAGAGGAAUGGAUGGCCCUACUUGACGUUUUGCCGCAUAAGGAGCGACUCGCCCAUGACAAGCUUCAGAACAUGCAAGGGGUAUUCUCUGACCCGCAAGUCUUGGCAAGGGGGAUGAAGUUGACAGUAGAGCACGCUACUGCAGGUCCAAUUGAUGUUGUUGGCCCCGCGGUGAAGUUCGAGCCGGCGCCUCUCAAGGGGGAGAAGUCCUUACCACCACCAGCGCUCGGUGAACACACUAAAUGGGUGCUGCAAAAGUGUCUGGGCUACUCUGAUGAGAAGAUAGCGAGGUUGGCUGAAGACCGGAUCGUCCACAUCAUGACUAAUGAGCCAUUGUAG